AUGGUUGUUUUUGGUCGUACUUCUCGAAAUAUAAUGGAACGGGGCCUCGUGGUGGACACGGAGACCAUUUAUCCGCAGGAAUCUAUGAAAUAUCUUGGUGUAUACUUGAUAGUUAUCUUUGAGGGUCAUUUCCGGUUAUCGGACGGUUCUUCAAAGGCGGCGGGCCUGCUGGCUCACAUCCCCCCGGUGGAUAUAUUAGCUGAAGGACGGGCUUGGGGUUUCCAACAACUCUGUGUGAUAAAGGGCACGGAUUAUAUAGUUUGCCCGCUUGAGAAGACUAUACGCGCGAGGAUUCGUAAGCAAGUACUGGAUAGGCUUAGAGAAAGGUGGAAGGAGAGACUGGAUGAAAUGACUCCUCAGGAGCCCGGAUUUCGUUGUCGCCAAAUAAUUUUGCCAGUUUGGCAAUCUUGGCUUGAUCGUUCUUUUGGACGUACAAAUUAUUACCUGACGCAGUUCCUUACUGGACAUGGGGCAUUUAAUGCCUUUCUGUCCCGUAUAGGAAAACGGCCAUCAUCUAGCUGUCCGUACUGUGAAGUCUCUAAUGAGGAUCCUACACAUGUUAUCUUUAACUGCUCGGUUUGGCAGUUUUAUAGGGGUGAUUUGUGUCCGGCGGACGAGGGUACUCUGGCCCAAGAUGCGCAGUUAGUCCGACGUAUGCUGACUAAUCAACAGGAAUGGGAUCAACUGGCGGAGAGGGUCUCUACCAUUUUAAUGUUAAGGGAAGAGGACGGCUGUGAAGAAGAGAGAUAA